UAACGAGGAAAACAAGGAACAGCAAAUUGAGAGAGAGCAAGUUCGGUACAAAGAUCCCGGUUUAAUCGCUCCUACCGGUUCGAAGGCGCUCUCUGGCGUCUUUCUCUCCUCCUCUCGUGGGUUUGGGGUUUUUUCAUAUAUUCUUCUUAGAACAAUAAUGGAGAGACGUUCGUUGAGGCCGCCAGUUCCGAGUGACAUUUCGUUAAUACCGUCUUUUCAAAACCCUUCGGUAAAAGAAGCUGACAUGUCCUUCUAUCCACAACACAAUCAACUCAUGGCAACGCCUUACCAUUUGCUCUCUGCCAAUGAUGGAUCUGUUGGUCAUAUUUACUCAACUAGUGAUCUCUCUGCUAAUGAUGGAGUUCUUGAUCAUAUGUAUUCAAGUGAUUUCCAUAACUCGGAGUCAUCAGUUUGGAUUCCUUCUCCACUCCCUGAUCCUUUUGACUUUCCUUCUCCUUCUCCUAUUCAAAGGAGUCAGAUGGACGAUGGUGUUAUCGUUGCAUCCGAUGAGAUUCAUGAACAAUGUGACUGGCCAGUUUGGGAUGACCACUUGAUUACUGAUGGAGAUUCGCUGAGCUCUACUGUCUUGGAAGAGCUUCUCCUUGACACGAAUUUCAACUCAGCUUCAGAGGUCCAGCAACCAAGUACGCCAUCGCAAAUUCAACAACCCCAAGUUGGUCUGCAGCAGCCUUCUCCUUGUCUGGAUUUGCGUCCACUUGUUAGGACAGUAUCCUCAAACAACAACAACAACAACAAUAACAGUGGUAGCAACAGGAAUCAUAAUGCAGCAGCUAAGAGACGUAUGCGUUGGACGCCUGAACUUCAUGAGGUUUUUGUUGACGCUGUUAACCAGCUCGGUGGCGGUGAAAAAGCAACUCCCAAGGGUGUGCUGAAGCAUAUGAAUGUCGAAGGUUUGACUAUAUAUCAUGUCAAAAGUCAUUUGCAGAAAUAUAGGACAGCUAAAUAUGUACCAGAACCAUCAGAAGGUUCACCAGAGACAAAGUUGGGACCGCUUGAGCAAAUUACGUCUGUUGAUACGAAACGUGGGAUAGAUGUCACUGAGGCUUUGCGACUUCAGAUGGAAGUUCAGAAACAACUGCAUGAGCAGCUCGAGAUUCAAAGAGAAAUGCAAAUUCGGAUAGAAGAACAGGGAAAGGCACUGAUGAUGAUGUUUGAGAAGCAAAAUAUAGGUUUUGGCAAUCUGGAACAAGAAGACAAAACAAGCGCGGAAAAGCCUGAAAAUGGUUCAGAGGAGUCAUCAGAUUCCCCGCGGGCAAAGCGUCGGAGAAACGAAGAAUGAAGGGAACCUUAUCUCGGGAAGGUAGAUCAUAAAACUGAGGUUUUUGGUGGAGUUGUAGAGUUUGACUUAUUAGAGUAAGACUCUUUUUUCUGUCUUCUUCAGGCUUUUCUCUCUCUCUUUUUUUUCUUUCUUAAACUAAUUUUCUGAUUCUCAGCUCUCUAGCAAGAAACAACAAUAAAAAAGAGCAAUUCCAUCUUUCUGAUGUAAUUUUGAAUUCAGAUUUUGAUUUAUUAGUGUUUAACUUAGGUUAAUUCAAAACUUGAA